AUGCUCAUUGAAGACGCACAUCAGAACCAAGAACGCCGACAAGCAGAUGGCUCGUUCAGUAUCGGCAAGAAAUGGGAGAAGAUCAUCUUCGCCGCUCGUAUCCUUGCUACCGUUGUCACUCUCAAGAACCCUGCCGAAAUUCCUGUCGUCUCCAGCCGUCAGUACGAUUACUGCGCCGUGCUCACGUUUGCUGGCCAGACCGGUGCCAUCAACAUUGCUGACCGUUUCACCCCCGGUUCUUCCACCAACUAUGUCACCCGUUGGUUCAAGGAGACCCGUGUUAUCAUCGUCAUCGACCCCCAUGUUAGCCACCAGGCCAUGCACAAGGCCUUAUUUGUCGACAUCGCUAUACCCGGCAACGUCCGUGGCCGUCACUCUGUUGUUAUUCUCUGGUGUCUGCUCUGCCGCACUGUCCUCCGGCUCAAGGGUGGUGACCUUUCGAUGAUGCCCGGCAUGUUCUUCUACCAUGAUCCUGAGAAGGCUGAGCGUAAGGCCCAAGGAGACGUCGGCGCUCGCCACUGA